ACUGUUGCCUGUAGAGCUUAUUUUCCUGCUGGACUGAACUUUCACCCCAGAAGCUCAACCUUGCUUUCCGUUUUGUUUUGGGUUGGUCGAAUGGUUCAGUGUCUCCAUGGAAAUACUUCACUUAGUUAUUAUUGAAUAGAAAUUACAAUAUUCUUCUUCUUCUUCUCCGAGCCACGAAUCCGUUUCUAUCUGCGGAGAAGAAGGUGUAUGGAGGAAGGCUGGUCGAUUUCGACGGAAGUCAUCUUCAAUGUGGAGCGGAGUGUAAACAUUUACAUUGAACAAGCAGAACUGCGGGUCUAAGACAUCCCCAUCACCACCCACAAAAGAAUAUAAGAUGGGCGAAAAGAAACCAGAGCCUCUGGAUUUCGUGAAGGAUUUUCAAGAGUAUCUCACCCAACAAACGCAGCACGUAAACAUGAUUUCUGGGUCUGUCAGUGGGGAGAAGGAAACGGAGGCACUUCAGGGAGCCGGGACAGAGAAUGAUCAGAAUGGACUGGACCACCCUUCGGUGGAGGUGUCACUGGAGGAUGGCUCGGGGAUGCUGGUGGAUGGGUUUGAGAGAACUUAUGAUGGAAAGCUCAAGUGUCGGUACUGUAAUUACGCCAGCAAGGGGACCGCACGCCUUAUUGAGCAUAUCAGAAUCCAUACAGGAGAGAAGCCUCACCGCUGCCACCUCUGCCCCUUUGCCUCGGCUUAUGAGCGCCACCUGGAGGCACACAUGCGCUCGCACACGGGAGAGAAACCGUACAAGUGUGAACUGUGCUCGUUCCGCUGCAGUGACCGCAGCAACCUGUCUCACCACCGCCGCCGCCGCCACAAGAUGCUACCCAUGAAGGGCACGCGCCCCUCACUGGCCAACAAGAAGAUGCUUAGCAUCCUGCAGAAGAAGUCCAGCAACCUGGGCUUCAGCCGCCGGCUCCUCAUCAACUUCAGCCCACCCUCCAUGGUGGUGCAGAGGCCUGACUAUCUGAAUGACUUUUCCCAUGAGCUACCCAACAUCCACACUGAAGCAUAUGAGAGCAUUACCAGGUCUCAGGUGAGCAGUGGCAGUGGGAGUGGAUGUCUUUCCAGGGACCCUCAGGAUUUAAUGGUGGACAACCCCUUAAACCAGCUCUCCACGUUGGCUGGGCAGCUCUCCAGCCUGCCUCCCGAGGGUCGGACCCCUGUAUCCCCGGAUGUGGUCUGCCGCGAUGAGAAGCCUUUCUUGAUCCAGCAUCCAUCAGACACACCUGUGGUGUCCACUGUGUCAACCAGCAUGGCUCGGAGCCCUUCCCCCACCAGCCCUGAGCCCCAUCCUCCCCCCCACCCCCACAGGAACUACAGCCCUGUGGCAGGGCCCAGCAGUGAGCACAGCGCCCACACUAGCACUCCCAGCAUCAGCAACAGCCAGCCCAGCACCCCAGCCCCUGCACUGCCAGUGCAGGACCCCCAGCUACUCCACCACUGCCAAAACUGCGACACCUACUUUGCAGAUAACAUACUGUACACCAUUCACAUGGGCUGCCACGGUUACGAGAACCCCUUCCAGUGCAAUAUAUGCGGGUACCAAUGCAAAAACAAGUACAACUUUGCUUGUCAUUUUGCACGGGGGCAGCAUAAACAGCAAUGACUGCAAGACCUUAAAGAUGAUAAUAAUAGUGGUUGUUGGAUUACAGAGUAAUUUUAAUUUUUCCUGUUCCAUGAAUUUCCCGGAAAGCUUUCGUUGCUAAUCCUAGGAAUUAGAUCCGUAUUUUUUUUUUUUUUUUUUGGGAGAAGCAAACUUUGUGGGCUGUAAGCUUAUUUUCUGCUUAGAAAAAGGUGCAGAUAAAUUAAAGCCAACGUCACUUCCUUUUUUUUUUUUUUUUUUUU